CUUGUGUGUGAAUAAUUUGUUACUAGCGUACGUGUCGUCCUUGAGUUCCAUUUCUUUCCCGUCUUCUCGCUUUUUCUUCCCGGAUGUGCGGCAAUUCGCCAUCGACUCGACCUUGUCUUUUGACAGAGCCGCACUCCAGCAUCCCGGCCAAGGUGAUCCACUGGAACCGCCAGGUAGAAGGACCGCAAGGCUCAGCAGUGUUCGUGCCGUGUGAGGCUCAGGGCCACCCGCAGCCUUCGUACCGCUGGUACCGCCAGUACGGUGCGCGACUGCGGCCACUGCUGCCCAUUACCGAGCCGGGUAUCGUGCUCGUCGGUGGUACGCUCGUGUUCCGUCGGGCUUCGGUCCAGGACAGUGCAACCUAUGUGUGCGUCGUCAGCAACGGAGCAGGUGCGGAGGAAAAGAACGAGAUACAGGUCCUGGUCACAGAACCUCUGGAAGUACAAAUGUGGCCCAGAACCCGGGAGGUGCGGUCGGGCGACUCGCUGACGCUCAACUGCAGCGUCUCGGGCUUUCCCGUACGAUCGGUCACGUGGUCCAAGGACGGACGGCCGAUCGUGGGUCCCUCCGCUGCUGCAGCAGCGACGUCGGCCGGCGGCGGCAGCGCUGCGUCACUGUCGCGGCGCGUGCUGAUGCUCAACCGGUACGCGCUGAGGAUACAGGCGGCGCAGAGCGACGACUCCGGCGUCUACCAGUGCCACGCGACGAACGAGAGGGACUCCUCGCAGGCGCACGCCUACGUCCACGUCAAGUCGGAGCCACCCGUGCUGGUUUCCCACUUUGACGAUAUCGUCGUGCGGCGGGACGAGCCAGUGUCCCUCCGGUGUGCAGCCACAGGAACCCCACUGCCCCAGAUAACGUGGUCUAUUUAUGACGUCCAAGUUCAGGACUCCAGCCGAGUCCGUGUCGGUGACUACGUGAGCCGGGAUGGGUCCGUGAUCAGCUUCGUAAACAUCACGAGGGUCAGGCCCGAAGAUGGCGGUGCCUACCGCUGCGAGGCGUCCAACGAACACGGUUCGGACGCCCACUCCGGUCGCCUGAACGUGCUCGGUCCACCAGCGGUGCACACGAUGCCUAAUCGAACAGUAGUGGCGGGGCGCAGGGCGAUGUUGCAUUGCCCGUACUCCGGAUUUCCCGUGACCAGGGUCAUCUGGCGUAAAGACGGGAAGAGCCUGCCCAGCAGUAAACGCGUGAUGCCGUACCAGAACGGCUCCCUCGUACUGGAGACCGUGAGCCGCAAGGACGACGAAGGGCGCUACUCUUGCACGGUACGCAACGAGCAUGGCAGCGAAGCCCGGAACCACCUCUACCUCAGGGUUCUCGUGCCGCCCUCGAUCACGCCCUUCUCGUUUCCGGAGAAACCUCAGCUGGGCUCUCGCGCCAGCGUUACCUGCAGUGUGCCCGACGGCGACCCGCCCAUACGUCUGUCGUGGCUUCGCGACGGCGUGCCCCUGGACUCGUCCCCGUCGGCCGGAAGGGAAGGCGUCUCGUUUGGUCACGUGGACGACUUCAUCUCCACGCUGGUGUUUAAGUCCUUACGCGAGGAGCACACUGCAGUGUACACCUGCCUGGCUGCUAACGAAGCCGCCGCUGUCAACUACUCCGCGCCACUCGUUGUCUACGCACCACCAAGAUGGCGGCUGGAGCCCGCAGACACGACGGUAACGACGGGCGAGCGAGUGACCCUGGACUGCCAGGCUGACGGGACCCCUGAACCUAGGGUUCGUUGGAAGAAGUCGGCAGGACCUCAAAGCGCCGAAUUCCGCACCGUUAUAAGUAGCUCUCGCAUGCAAGCACUGGUGAACGGAUCCCUCGUAAUCCAAGAAGUUGAGACCUCGGACGCCGGCGGCUAUAUGUGUGAAGCCUCGAACGGCGUCGGUCUGCCCCUUUACACCGUGGUGCAGGUUAAUGUCCACGCUCCAGCCAAAGUGAGGCAGCGCUUCAUGUCCCACAUGGCGGGAAGGGGACAAGUGGUGAAGCUUCGUUGCGAAGCCACGGGAGACGAACCCAUCAGCUUCUUUUGGUCAAAAGACAGCAAGCCCAUCAAAGCAUUCUCCAUUCCCAGGUACACCAUCAAAGACCACUCCCGCGAAGAGUCUCCCUGGUCCGAGCUGAUGAUACUGCUCGCCGAGAAGAAUGACACCGGUACCGUCAAAUGCGAGGUCUCCAACGCCUACGGGCACGACGAGCAGGUGACACACCUCUCCAUACAAGACAGGCCCGAUGAGCCUCCCAGGCCGGAAGCGCUGAACGUUCUCAGCCGAUCUGUCACCGUUUUGUGGAAAAGUCCCAGCGACGGGAACUCGCCCAUCACCAAGUACAUCGUACAAUACAAAAGGAGCAUCGAGUCUUGGGAGAAGCAGCUGAGCGAAAUGGUUGCCGAGGCCGACCAGAGCCAGGUGACUGUACAGGAUCUGCAUCCACUGACAGAGUACAACUUUCGGGUGCUCGCUGAAAAUGCCAUUGGUAUCGGGCCACCCAGUGAGGCGUUGACCGUCAUCACUGAUGGCGAAGUGCCCGCAACUCCACCACAGAGCGUGAAGGUGACGGCAGUCAGCUCAAGAAAAAUAGAAGUAUCGUGGAAGCCACCGCCGGUGCACCUGCAGUACGGCGAGAUUCAGGGAUAUUACGUGGGCUACCGCGUGCACGGCUCCACUGAGCCGUACGUCUUCAAGACCGUCACCGGCACCUCGUCUUCGCCGGGAAAGUCCGUGACGCGCUGCGUGGUGGACAACCUGCAGCGCGCCACGGCCUACGCCGUCGUGGUGCAAGCGUUCAACGACAAAGGGGCGGGACCGCUCUCGGACGAGAUCAUGGUGCAGACGCACGAGCAGGAUCCACCACCACCACCUCUGGUCACCGUAGCAUCCAGAACGACCGACUCCAUCGAACUGUCCUGGACACCACAGGAUGAAGGAAAAGAAGUCGUCGAAGGCUACGUUGCCCGCUACCGCACGCAGGAAGGCCUCGAGUGGAGUGAAGUUUCCAUAGGUCCCGAGAAGCGGAGCUACCUGUUUGAAGGCCUGCAGUGUGGCAGCACAUAUUCUUUGUCUGUACUCAGCUUCAACCGCAACGGACGCAGUGAGCCCGAAGAGCUACUCCAAGUCAAAACAGAGGGAACAGCACCCCAGGCUCCUUCGCCAAAGACGGCUGUACUGCCCAACGUGACGAGCCUAGGCUUGGUGCUGGCGGCUUGGCGCGACGGCGGCUGCCCCAUCAGCCACUUCCUGGUUCAAUACCGGCCACGUGACGAACUGGACUGGACGCUGCUGUCGUCACGGGUGAUACCCGACCGAGACGUGGUGUUCCUCGGAGACAUGGCGCCAGGAACCUGGUACCAGCUGCUCGUGGUCGCCUACAACAGCGCCGGCUCCACCAAAGCCGAGUACACCGUCGCCACGCUAACGCUUGCAGGAAAUCCCCUAGAACCGGACAAAAUAUCGGAGGCUGGACGCGACAGCGGCAGUCCUCGGUACCGCAGCUUGUCCAUCAUCGUGCCCAUCUGCUGUUCCAUCAUUGUCCUCAUGGCUGUCACUGUGGCCAUCAUGGUGCUCGUCUGCCGAAGAAGAUCUUCCGGAACCCCUCCAUCGGCCAUCAGUACCUAUGAAGGUGUGCGCAUGUGCGAGGAUCUCAAGAUGGACUCGCUCAUCAUGUCGGAGCUAGAAAAACCUCGCGGAGGCUGCGGCGGCGGAAGUGGCGACGCCGGCAGCCGCGAGUACUACCCGUCGCCGUACGCGUCGUCCAAGCUGCCCGACAUCUCCCGUCGUGCCAGCGCAGGCGACGACGGCGAUGAGCCUUGCCCUCGGGCCAUGGCCGCCGCGGGUGUCUCCAUGUCGCCGUACGCCUCGGCCAGGAUGGUCGAGCACACGUACGACGUGCCACAGCAUCCGCGAGACGGCUCGAAAUCCCAUGCAUUUAAAAGUGAUCUUAAGCAUACUUUAUGUAACGACAAGCUCCAAAGUCACAUAGAAUUGUGCAAAAAGGAGCAAUACUAUCAGCGGCUCGCUGGUAAAGGACGCCCGUCGGCGUACGGUUAUAGCGGCUGUCAAGAACCCAUCAAUCACUCGUCGGGCACCGCUUACCGCUGGUCCGAGCCCGGCGAGUCCGACCGGCCGGACAGGUGGUGUUUAAGUGAAAGAGACUUGCACUUGAGCGCUUUUCACGCGCCUUGUACUGGAGGAAAUAUGCCUGAGUUUAAUGAAAUAUCGGACACCGAGUGUGACCGGGACCUGGAGCGACUUGAGCAGGCAGAGAUGAAAUACCGUUCGUCGCUCCAGCGGCACAGCUUGUACGCAUCUGUCCAAUAGGAAUGGAACGAAAGGAACAGGAAGACCACCGACGGGGCCUCAAUGUUUUUUCAUAUCAGCGUGACUUCUCCAUUGCCUUGACACCAGCGAGAUAAUCAAAAGUGAAAAAAAAAUGCUGCACAGCUCCUAAACAAAUGAGCAUCUUUAUACCGCGAUGUAACGCCGCUCCAUGAGCGCAUAUUUCUACAAAGGCUGCACCGUUUUUUGUCGUUAGAGUACAGGCCACUACGCUCGUAACUUCGCCAACUCCAGCCCCAACGCUUGCGCAGAGGAGCACAAGAAGGCUUUGGGCAGCAAGGGUAAUAACGCGGAGAAUCGGGCGAGUUGAUGUUUCGGGCCACAGCUUUAAAUAGCGAAAGAAAACACGCGCAACCUGUGAAGCAGAGCAGACACUUAAAUGCUCCUUUGCGUGUUUGGAUUUCUUCAUUGUCACGUAUUGUGUCCUUCUUUUUUCGCUUGACAAUUAAAGUUUUUCUUGUUCAUCGUCGCUA